UUAGCGAUUCUUCUGUGCCAGGUGAACUGCGAGACUGACUUUGUGGCCCGAAAUACCAAAUUCCAACAUCUGGUUCAGCAAGUUGCAAUUGGGACGAUGCAGCAUUAUCGGGGGACUGUGGAGCAGCCAAGUACCUAUGCCAAGAUAGGCAAACUAGGGGAGAACAUGGUUAUGAAAAGGGCGGCGUGGGUGUCUGUGCCGGAGAACUGCUUCAUCGGCUCUUACGUGCACGGAGCACCCCCGUCGGGGAACCCGCUGCUUUCUAACAUGAUGUUUGGCAAGUACGGUGCCGUGGUGAUCUGCAGCCCCCCCAAUCCGUGUGACAAUUCAGACUUUGCAGAACUCGGCUGGAGGCUGGGCCAGCACGUGGUGGGCAUGGCCCCCCUCUCCGUAGGCUCUCCAGAAGACGAACCUGGCGAUGACUCUGAGACAAAGAUGCUCGCUCAGCCCUUCCUCUUGGAUCCUGCUAUCUCUCUGGGACAGUACAUUCAGCCCACAGGGGUGUCUGUGCUAGAUUUUGUGCGAUUUGAAUGCGGGGAGUAUAUGGAGACGGUGGAGGCAGAGUAAAGUGUGUGUGUGUGUGUGUGUGUGUUAGAAAAAUGAACUCUUCCGGGAUCUACCUAUAGGCCCUGGUGGGCUUAGAGAUCUGGCUGGUACGGAAUGAAUCCUGUGUUUGAGGGCCAAAGAAGUUCAACUGUUAUCCAUGGAAUCUUUUUUCCAAAGCCUGGAAAUGGUUCUGUGGUAUGCAACUGACUAAAUGUAGCAACUGGAUGUUGAUGAAACCUGAAAAGGUACCUGGAUUCAUCGUGGAAUGAUGUUGCCAUUGACAAUAGACCUGGAGCUAGUGAUUCCAACAGCUUGGCUCUAUUACCGUAUUGUCUUUUUAAAAUGAUACCCUGACAUAUUGCAAAUAAAGGAAACAGUUCUACCUGUGCAA